CAGCCUGGCUUGGGGCGAUUCCCGGGGCGGGCAGGGCCUGUGGAUGCCUCCUUCUGGACCCCGGGGGGCAGCAUCCUGCCGCUGGCCCUGGCCGGGGUCGAAAGGCGAACUCUUUUCUUAAAGCCCAGGUCAAAGACUGCAGGUUUUGAACUUUCUGCAAGUCUGUAAGGGCAGCCCCCUUGGGGACAGUGACAACGGCCUCCUUACCUCUGUCCGCAGCCCGGACCCUAGGUUACCCCCAAACGCCGGCCGGCCCUCCAGCCACCCCCUGGGCCACGGGGUGGGGCGCCCGGAGCUUCCCGGGAGCGCAGCCCCUCCCCGGCACAGCCGGGCGCGCCGAUGGUACGUCCCGGCCCGCCCAGGUGGUAGCGCCCGCGCCGGCCUACCGUAAUUCCCCUACGACCCGCGCCUCCGCCGGCGCAGAGCGGACCGAGCCCGCCCCGCGGUUCCUGUGGCCCUCGCCCUACAGGCCCCUCGGAGCUUUGGCAGUCUUGACCCGAGCCCUAGCCACUGGGGAGGAGACCCAUGUCCCCAGGUAUGCCACCACGCCGACUGCCAGCAGCUACACCACCGGGGCCCCCUCAACCUCUGUGAGGCCUGUGACAGCAAGUUCCACAGCACCAUGCAUUAUGAUGGGCACGUCCGCUUCGACCUGCCCCCCCAAGGCUCUGUCCUGGCUCGGAAUGUGUCCACCCGGUCAUGCCCCCCGCGCACCAGCCCUGCCGUGGACUUGGAGGAGGAGGAAGAGAGCUGUAUGGAUGGCAAGGGGGACCGAAAGACCACAGGUCUGAAACUCUCCAAGAAGAAAGCCAGGAGAAGACAUACAGAUGACCCAAGCAAGGAGUGCUUCACCCUGAAAUUUGACCUGAACGUGGACAUUGAGACGGAGAUUGUACCAGCCAUGAAGAAGAAGUCUCUGGGGGAGGUGCUGCUGCCAGUAUUUGAAAGGAAGGGCAUUGCACUGGGCAAAGUGGACAUCUAUCUGGACCAGUCCAACACACCCCUGUCCCUCACCUUUGAGGCCUACAGGUUUGGGGGACACUACCUGCGGGUAAAAGCCAAGCCAGGGGAUGAGGGGAAGGUGGAACAGGGGGUGAAGGACUCCAAGUCCCUGAGUCUGCCGAUCCUGCGGCAAGCCGGAGCUGGGCCCCCAGCCCAAGAGCGUGUGGACCCCCAGAGCCGCCGGGAGAGCCUGGAUAUCCUGGCCCCUGGUCGCCGACGCAAGAACAUGUCAGAGUUCCUAGGGGAGGCAAGCAUCCCUGGGCAGGAGCCCCCCACACCCUCCAGCUGCUCUCUGCCCAGCAGUAGCAGCAGUGGCAGCAGCAGCAGCAGCAGUGGCAGUGACAGCUGGAAGAACCGGGCGGCCAGUCGCUUCAGUGGCUUCUUCAGCUCAGGCCCCAGCACCAGCGCCUAUGGCCGGGAGAUAGACAAGAUGGAGCAGCUGGAGGGCAAGCUGCACGCCUACGGCCUCUUCGGGCUGCCCAGGCUGCCCCGGAGGCUGCGCUUUGACCAUGACUCCUGGGAGGAAGAAGGUGACGAAGAGGAGGAUGAGGAUGACGCCGGACUUCGGCUGGAGGACAGCUGGCGGGAGCUAAUUGAUGGGCACGAGAAGCUGACCCGGCGGCAGUGCCACCAGCAGGAGGCGGUUUGGGAGCUCCUGCACACGGAGGCCUCAUACAUUAAGAAGCUGCGGGUGAUCACCAACCUUUUCCUGUGCUGCCUCCUGAACCUGCAAGAGUCGGGACUGCUGUGUGAGGUGGAGGCGGACCGCCUGUUCAGCAACAUCCCGGAGAUCGUGCGACUGCACCGCGGGCUGUGGGGCAGCGUGAUGGCGCCGGUGCUGGAGAAGGCGCGGCGCACGCGGGCGCUGCUGCAGCCCGGGGAUUUCCUCAAAGGCUUUAAGAUGUUCGGCUCCCUCUUCAAGCCCUACAUCCGAUACUGCGUGGAGGAGGAGGGCUGCAUGGAGUACAUGCGCGGCCUGCUGCGCGACAAUGACCUCUUCCGAGCGUACAUCACGUGGGCCGAGAAGCACCAGCAGUGCCAGCGGCUGAAGCUGAGCGACAUGCUGGCCAAGCCCCAUCAGCGACUCACCAAGUACCCGCUGCUGCUCAAGUCGGUGCUAAGAAAGACCGAUGAACCGCGCGCCAAGGAGGCCGUUGUCACUAUGAUUGGCUCGGUGGAGCGCUUCAUCCAUCACGUGAACGCGUGCAUGCGGCAGCGCCAGGAGCGGCAGCGGCUGGCGGCUGUGGUGAGUCGCAUCGACGCCUACGAGGUGGUGGAGGGCAGCAACGAUGAGGUGGACAAGCUCCUGAAGGAAUUUCUGCAUCUGGACCUGACAGCUCCCAUCCCUGGCGCCUCCCCUGAGGAGACACGUCAGCUGCUGCUGGAAGGGAGCCUGAGGAUGAAGGAGGGGAAGGACAGCAAGAUGGACGUGUACUGCUUCCUCUUCACUGACCUGCUCUUGGUGACCAAGCCAGUGAAGAAGGCCGAGAGGACCAAGGUCAUCAGGCCACCGCUGCUGGUGGACAAGAUUGUGUGCCGGGAGCUUCGGGACCCAGGCUCCUUCCUCCUCAUCUACCUGAACGAGUUCCACAGUGCUGUGGGGGCCUACACGUUCCAGGCCAGUGGCCAGGCUUUGUGCCGUGGCUGGGUGGAUGCCAUCUACAAUGCUCAGAACCAGCUGCAGCAGCUGCGUGUGCAGGAGCACCCAGGCAACCAGCAGCACCUGCAGAGCCUGGAAGAGGAGGAGGAUGAGCAGGAGGAGGAGGAGGAGGAGGAGGAAGGUGGGGAGAGUAGCACUUCAGCUGCCAGCUCCCCUACCAUUCUGCGCAAAAGCAGCCACAGCCUUGACUCCCAGCACUGUGCCUCGGACGGCUCUACGGAAACCCUGGCCAUGGUGGUGGUAGAGCCUGGGGAGUUGCUGUCCUCUCCUGAAUUCAGGGGCGACCCCUUCAGCUCCCAGUCAGACGAGACCUCUCUCAGUACCACCACCUCAUCUGUCACUCCUACCAGCGAGCUACUGCCCCUGGGCCCUGUGGAUGGCCGCUCCUGCUCCAUGGACUCCGCCUACGGCACCCUUUCCCCCACAUCCCUGCAAGACUUUAUGGCCCCAGCUCCCAUGGUGGAGUCAGCACCCCGGCCCCCAGAGUUACCACCAGCCCCGUCACCCCCACCCUCGCCCCGCCUCCGCCGCCGCACUCCUGUCCAGCUGCUGCCCUGCCUGCCCCACCUGCUCAAGUCCAAAUCGGAGGCCAGCCUCCUCCAGCUGCUGUCAGGGGCCACCACCCGCAGAGCGCCCCCAGCCCCGAGCCGCAGCCUGUCAGAAGUCUGCUUGGCUGCUACCGUCCCUGGCACGAGGACUCGGGGCUCCUGUCAGGAAGCUGGGCCCAGCUGGUAUUGCCAGGGGGCACCUGGCCCUGGCCCCCAGCUGGCAGAGCUAGAGGGUAGAGCCCACUGCCCAGGUGGGGAGCCCGAAGGACCCACCAGGAGGAGCAGAGAGCUGUCCUCGGGGGCCUCGACCAGGGUCCAGCCUGAGCCUCCCCCGGGGAUCUCGGCCCAGCACAGGAAGCUGACGCUGGCCCAGCUCUACCGAAUCAGGACUACCCUGCUGCUUAACUCCACCCUCACUGCCUCGGAGGUCUGAGCAGAGGGAGGCCCCCAAGGGUGCCACUGACCAAGGGACAGCAGACAGCAUGCCUCCUGGGGUGUGCCAGGCCCUGCUCCAGCUGCUGCCUUAAUGUGCACAUGGGCCAGAGUGCCCAGCCGGACACCACCACCGUCCCCGGGGGCCCGAUUUGCACUUUGCCAGACCAGAUGGAAGUGGAGGAGGGUUCAGCAGAAGCCCAGGCUGCAGGACCCCCUGACAGUCACCACUGUCACUAACCUGCCUGUUUCCCCAUUCCCCAACCCCCAGCCUAGGCAGAGUCCUUUACCCAGUGCUCUCUGAAUUCAGGACCUCCAGUCCUCUGGGCUGGACUCCAGGGCUGGGGUCCCAGGCAGCCCUUCCCUCCUCCACCAUCUGGCGCCAAAUGGGACGACAGUUCCCCUGCCUUUAGCCCCCUCCCCCUCUUCCCAGUCCUUGGGAUGGGCUCUGUGUAAAGUUGCAUAUUUAUUGAGCUUUUGAUUCUUUUAUAAAGACUUGUAUAUACUUCA